AUGGGCGCGGUGCAUGGCGUGUCCUUGAAAUAUGUGGCCUUUGGCUCCAUUGCUGCUUUGACGGCUCGCUGGAUCACGCCGGUGGCAUUGGAGGAGCUGAUCUUUGAGGAAGAAGUGGAGCUGAAUGGGUUGGACAAUUUGCAGUUGCUGUUCGGCCUGUAUUUGUACAAUGUGAGCAUCAUCAACUUGGUCAUUGCCAUGCUCUUCAAUCUCAAGCUCGGCAUGGGCAUCUUGGGGAAGGACACUGCGACGGGUGCAAUCCCACUUUGGUCUUAUGUGGUUUUCUCAGGCUUCCACUGUCCAACGCUGGUCUACACCAAAAUCCAGCACGCGCGAGACCAGAAGUCCGGAGUGGCACCAGCAGAUGAAGUUGAUCCAGGCUGGUGGGUGGGUGGCCGCUACAGCCAUGAGCUCGGCAGGCGAUGGGCAGGGACCAUCGACUUGACCUGUGAGUUCCCCGAGCUGAGCAUCCAGGACAAGUACUUGCUCGUUGAGUGCUGGGAUGGGGUCCCUCCCACAGUGGAGCAGCUCGAGGAAGCUGCACAGUUUGCCGUGGCGCAACAUGAACGAGGUGACGUCUUAGUUCACUGUGCCCAUGGCCGUGGCCGAUCGACCACCACACUGUGCGCAUGCCUGGUCCGUGCAGGGCGGUAUCCGACCUGGGAGGAUGCGUUUCUUGCCAUCAAGCAGAAGCGCAAAGUGGUGAAGCUGAACCGCUCCAUGAAGCGAGUGCUGACGGAGUGGCAAGCGAAGUACAGCACCAAGGUGAAAUGA